ACCAUAGACACACAAAGCAGAGCACAAACUGUACUGGACAUCCAGGGAGGAAACAGUGAAUUACUGUGGACACAGACCAAACUACCAAACCUAACGGACUUCAUCCUAACUGACACAAUGGAGACAGAGAAGAAGACUCAGACAACAGCAGAACAGAUGACAGACAGGGAUCUGUCUGAACAAAUCAAAAAGGUGACUAAAGAGAGUCACGUCAGGGCAGAAAACACAGAACUGAUGAUGAGCUUCCAGAAGGGACAAGUCACCCUCACACAGUAUAAGCUCCUCCUGUGCUCGCUGCACGAGAUCUACCAGGCCUUGGAGGAACAGAUGGACAGGAACUCAGACCACCCCAGUGUCGCACCCAUUUACUUCCCCACUGAACUGGCGAGGCUGGAGUUCAUCGAGAAGGACCUGGAAUUCUUCUACGGCCAGGACUGGAGAGAGAAGAUUGUUGUUCCUGCAGCCACUAAAAGAUACUCCCACAGACUCAGACAGAUUGGUAAGGAAAACCCUGAAUUUCUGGUUGCCCACGCUUACACCCGGUACCUGGGUGACCUGUCAGGAGGGCAGGUCCUGGGUCGAAUCGCCCAGAAGUCCAUGGGGCUUAAGAGCAACGAGGGUCUGUCGUUCUUCGCCUUCCCUGGAGUCUCCAGCCCCAACCUGUUCAAACAGCUCUACCGCAGCCGGAUGAACAGCGUGGAGCUGACGGAGGAGGAGAGGAACGGCGUGCUGGAGGAGGCCGUCAGAGCCUUCGAGUUUAACAUUCAGGUCUUUGAUGACUUACAGAAGCUGGUGAGUGUCACUGAAAACCAGCUGCAGAAUACUUCAACAUAUUCCAAACAAGUAAAGACACUCCAUAUCCCUGGAACCAUUAUCAACACUUCUCCACUGCUCAGGAUGGUCCUGGGACUCUUUGUGGCUCUGGCUACUGUCAGUAUGGGAAUCUAUGCCUUUUAGAGACGAAACACAACAGUAAAUACUAUAUAUUGGACUGAUGCUGUGAAGACUUUAAGAUCUAUGCUUUUGUACUGUAAGACAAUUAAAAAGCCUUAUCUGAUCAUAGGAAGAUUUUAACAAAAUACUGACUGAUAUUCUUAUAAUCAAACUGAGAACCACAUUCAUAUGUACAUUCAGUGUAAUGGCUUUUUAAUUCUACAAUUUUCUCUGUAAAACUGAAACGAAAAACAUACAUUAAAAUGUGAAAUAUGUGUGCUUUUAAUACUGUAAAUAUGUUAUU